CUUUCUGGCUUCCUCUGCUUGCUCAGUCGCCCUUCCCAAAAAAAGAAAGAAAAAAGCAGCAGCGGUGCGGGAGGUAGAGAGGCAGAGGAGGGAAAUGGCGAUGCAGAUGGCCGUCGCGCUUUUGGCGGUGAGCGUGCUGGCGUCCGGCGUGGCGGCGCAGUCGCCGACCAUUCCGAAUUGCGCGUCGAAGCUGGUGCCCUGCAAUCAGUACAUGAACGGCACGGGGACGCCGCCGGACACCUGCUGCGGCCCGCUCAAGGACGCCGUCCAGAACGACCUGUCCUGCCUCUGCGCGCUCUACGCCUCGCCGGAGAUCUUCAAGGCCUUCAACAUCAACGUCACAAAGGCCCUCGGCCUCUCCAAGCGCUGCGGCGUCAGCGACACCACCACCGCCUGCGCCGGUAGUUCUCCUACAAAGUCUCCUCCAGGUUCUCCAUCAGGUCGUGGCAGUGGCAGCAACGCCAGUCAUCGCACUCUGUCAGUCGGUUUUCCAGGAUUAAUGAGCUUGUUCAUAGCUUUGUGGUCUGUGUUGGCAUAAAAUUCAGCACGCUAUUACUUAGAGAAUGUUUUCCUUAUCCCACGAUAGAUGAUGUGCACCUACGAUGUUGCUAGAUGGUGAUGCUACCACUGUGUAUUCCAAUGCAAUCAACAAAUUUUUUUUUGCUGUGUAUUGAUAAUUUGAUAUUGUCAGCCAAUAGACUGACGUAUUUGGAUCAGAAUUCCGCAUUGUUUUCUUCA